CUGAUACUUUGAAGUGUUAGCGCUUGCUUUCGUUUUGGAAACCAUUAAUUCUGUCUCUGUAAUAAAUUCUAGGGUUAAUUUCAAAUAAUCCAGUGUUUUGAUUCUCAACAAUGGACCUCGAACAGAAUCAAGCAGAGUACAUCGCCUGCUUCGUCAAACAAGCUUCUCUCCUUGAAGGAUCGUCUCUUGUAGACGUCGUCGUUGAAUCCACUUCUCAUCCAUCCCUAUUUGCUUUCUCUGAGAUUCUCUCUGUUCCAAAUGUUAUUCAGCUUCAAGGAACUGAAAACUCUGUAUAUCUUGACCUGCUUCGUCUCUUUGCUCAUGGAACUUGGAGUGACUACAAAGAUAAUGCUCGUCAUCUUCCAGCAUUGGGGCCUGACCAAAUCCUCAAGCUUAAGCAACUUACUGUGCUCACAUUGGCGGAGUCCACUAAGGUUUUGCCUUAUGAUGUGCUGAUGCAGGAGUUAGAUGUCUCAAAUGUACGCGAGCUAGAGGAUUUUCUUAUCAAUGAGUGCAUGUAUGCUGGGAUAGUUAAAGGAAAGCUGGAUCAAUUGCGAAGAUGCUUUGAGGUUCAAUUUGCAGCAGGAAGGGAUCUAAGGCCAGCGCAACUUGGAAUUAUGAUAGAAACAUUAGGAAACUGGUUGGGUACAUCGGAUAACCUUCUUAUAUCCAUUCAAGAUAAGAUAAAAUGGGCAGAUAGCAUGGGUGAAUUGGACAUGAAACAUAAGAAAGAAGUGGAAGACAGGGUUGAGGAAGUAAAACAAUCACUGUUCAUCAAGAAGUUACACCCUGUGAGCAGGCAAACACAGACUUUCGAGCUGGACAUGAAGAGAUCUAUUCUGGAGCUGCUGGAGUGAUGGACUACGAGGAAGAUCGCAUCCGACCAAAGAGGAGGAGGCAUCCCAUGAAUUGAGAAAGUGUGCAAGAAGAGUGUGAAGUAUAGGACUCUCUCAUCUCUGCUGUCUGUCCUGUCUGUCUGUCUGUCCGUUUAGAUAAGUUUUGUCUUGUUUUGGAGCCAAAUAUUUUGUUGGUUGGAUUUUGUUAUUUUU